AAGCUGCUGCUGCUGGACAUAGGCCCUGCAUCAUCAACUGAUUUAACAUGGCAGCGUCUGUGACACACUCUGCCUCUAUACUGCCUUCUCUACGGAAAAACCAAGUGGCCUUGAAGGAGGGUAAGAUGAAGUUUCAGACUUGGGCUCAGCAGAAGAGGGAUUUGAGGCUGGGGCCAGUGCCAGGAUCUUCAUGUUUCAGUUUGAGGAUUGUGUUGCUGUUGGUGAUUUCUCUGCCAAGCUUGUACUGUGACCUGGGAUCAGUAUAUUACUCUUCCUAUGAAACAGUCACCCCCAAGAGUCUGACAGUGGAAGGAAGGGAAGACCAAGUGGAAAAGCUCUCCUAUGUGCUAUUUAUGCAGGGCCAGAAACAGCUGAUUCACCUGAAGGUGAAGAGAGACUAUUUUGUGAAUAACUUUCCAGUCUUCAGCUACCACAAUGGCAUCCUGGGGCAAGAAAUGCCUUUGAUCUCACAUGACUGUCAUUAUGAAGGCUACAUAGAAGGAGUCCCAGGUUCUUUUGUUUCUGUCAACACCUGUUCAGGCCUCAGAGGCGUCCUGAUUAAGGAGGCAAAAUCCUAUGGCAUUGAGCCCAUUCACUCUUCAAAACGGUUUGAACAUGUGUUGUACACCAUGGCCCGUGAAGCUCCAGUCUCCUGUAGUGUCACUUCCAAUGACAGCCAAGUGGCAUUCACCAGCCGGCAACAAGAGAGCAGCAAGCCUCGCAGUCGGCAGGUGCCAUCCUACUUGUGGUCACAUACCAAAUACGUGGAGAUGUUUGUCGUGGUCGACAACCAGCGGUUCCAAAUGUGGGGCAAUGACAUCAAUGAGACAGUCCAGAGAGUAAUGGACAUCAUUGCUCUGGCCAACAGCUUCACUAGGGGAAUAAACACAGAGGUGGUGCUGGCUGGAAUGGAGAUUUGGACCGAGGGGGACCUCAUACAGGUCCCAGUGGACCUGCAAGUUGCACUCAGGAAUUUCAAUAGCUGGAGACAAGAGAGGCUCUUCCAUCGUGUGAAGCAUGAUGUUGCCCACAUGAUCGUUGGACACCAUCCUAAAGAGGAUACGGGGCAGGCAUUUCUCAGUGGUGCCUGUUCAAGUGAUUUUGCAGCAGCCGUUGAAUCCUUCCACCAUGAGGAUGUCCUCCUGUUUGCAGCGCUCAUGGUCCAUGAGCUUGGGCACAACUUGGGUAUUCCGCAUGACCAUUCGGCCUGCGUUUGUAAAGAUAAACCCUUUGGCCUCAUGCGUGAAAAUAUCACUAAAGAAAGUGGCUUCAGCAACUGCAGCUCUGACUUCUUCUACCAGUUCCUCUGGGAACACAAAGGGGCCUGCCUAUUUAACAAGCCUGGGCCCAAAGGCCGCGUACGGAGGGAUUCCCGCUGUGGAAAUGGUGUUGUAGAAGAGGAUGAGCAGUGUGACUGUGGUUCUGACUGUGACAAUCACCCAUGCUGUGACCAAACAUGUAGGCUGAAGGAGAAUGCAGAGUGUAGUGAUGGACUCUGCUGCGUUAAAUGCCAACUGAAAUAUAAGGGAUUCAUGUGCCGUCCUGCUUUGGGGGAGUGUGACCUCCCAGAGUAUUGUGAUGGUUCCUCUGGAGAAUGCCCCAUAGACAGCUAUAAGAUAGAUGGUACAAUGUGUGAUAGAAUUCACUAUUGUGCUGGAGGUCGCUGUAAUAACCCUGAUAAUCAGUGCAUGGAUAUAUAUGGGUUCUCUGCAAGGUCUGCCCCAGAAAACUGUUACAUUUCAAUGAACAGAAGAGGGGACCGGUUUGGAAACUGUGGUAUUACCAACUCACCUAGGUUAAGAUAUUUGAAGUGUGUAGAUGAUAAUAUAUUUUGUGGGAAACUUAUAUGUACAAAUGUUAGACAGGUACCACAAAUCAAACCAAAUCAUACACUGAUCCAGGUCGCUCAUGAAGAUGACUGGUGCUGGAGCAUGGAUGCCUAUAACACUACUGAUAUCCCUGAUGAUGGAGAUGUACACACUGGCACUCUUUGUGCUCCAAACAAAGUCUGUGUAAAUUACUCUUGUACUGAUUAUGCUGUGCUCAAGUAUGACUGCAAACCAGAAGAAAUGUGUAAUGGUAACGGAGUUUGCAACAAUUUUAGGCACUGCCAUUGUGAGGCUGGCUAUGCUCCCCCUGACUGCAGAGGUCCAGGAGAUGGUGGUAGUGUAGACAGUGGUCCACCUGGCAAACCAACUGAAAUUCAAAGUGUAGGUGUAGGUGGCGGUUCUUUUCAUCGUAGCAUUGAGUUUAGAAAUGUUGGCAAGCUAAUUUUCAUACUCCCUUCAUUUCUUUUAAUAUUGUUGUUAGUUUUAAUACUUUACAUUACCCUCAGGGCUGUAAAUGAGUCAGUAGAGACCCUAGGGCGUACCUUGGAGGAAAGUUCAGAGGAAACCACUAGUAAGGGAUUCUUAACGGAGUUUCUACCAGUGGGGCUACAGGAGGAGGAGUCAGAAGAGAAGGACCAAGAAGAGGAGGCCCCCCCACCGGAGGAGGCCCCCUUGCCGCCGCUGGAGGCUCCCCCGCCGCUGGAGGCAAUGCUGCUGCCGCCGGAGGCCCCACCACCAGGAGAGCUAGCACCAUAAGAGGUAGCAGGUGAAGGAAAAGGAUAACCAAAGGCAGAAGUGUAUUGGUGGAAGAAUCCAAAAAUAUCGAAUAUCUCAAGCACUGAGUGGGAAAGAGGGGCUCAGAGAAGCAAAGGUGAAGUGAGAAUUGAUGGCUCCUGUAGCUCUGAACAGGAUAUAUAGUCUACAGAAACAUACUAACAUGGGAACAGAGACGCCCCUGCUUUCAGUAUUCAUUUUAGUAAUUUGGUUAUAUGUUCAUACAUGAACUCAUAAAAUAUUCUAUAUUUUUGCUUUUUUCCCAUUUCAUGAAACAAUUUUAUUUAAGCUCUUCUCAUGAAUCAUACCUAUCAAUAUCAUCAUUCAUUUGGGCCAAUUUCUGAUCUGAAAUUACUUUUCAGGGCCUACCAUCUUCCAUCUACAUUGUUUGAUACACAGUAUUAUCUCUACCUAUGACUAUCACAGGGUCAUUAAUCCCACUCAUAACACAUUAUCUUAAAAAUGUUAUCUGUUGAGUAAUCUAAUUUGCCCCAAAAGUUGCUAUUCAUGAAUAAAAGGUAAUUUAAAAUAAAUAAAAAGCUAUUUUAAGAUGAAGCAUCGCUUCAGACUCCAUACAGCCUAGUCCUUGAGGCUUCUUUAUUUUGGGGCUCUCUUGGAAGGGGCUACAUCUGAUCCAGGGUUGUCCGAUCACCCUGGGUCUGGGUGCAUGGGGGAAGGGGAGCAACUUAGGCAAGAGACAACCUUGUCUAGUGCAGAGUUAAAUUGAAAGUAUUAAUUGUUCCUUCUUUUCUGUUUUUCGACUUUACUUAUUAUAUUUAUUUCUCAUUUCCUUUUUAAGUUAACAUAUUGUUGACUGACAGUCCAAAGGAACAGAGCUUUGGA